AUGCUUAGCCUACGCUUUAUUACACUUGCAGUCUAUCUUACACGCCUAUUCCUAGUACAAGCUGCCCGAACACCGAGAAUAGGUUUCGAGAUCGAAACUCCGCACAUGCCUAUAUUCAACAGUGAGUGCACAGAUGAAGAAAAUACAGCUAUGAAAGGCCAUCGCGUAUUAGGCCAAACUGGCAAUGGGUGGUUCCUCGGUGUAGAUACCAGUCCAGCAGUAAAAUCGCUUCUAAACCUCGAAUACGAUCUACUUUGCGACUUGGGUAAUACACAUGAGCUUGAAAGCAUAAUCGGUAACGUUAUGGCCAAUAUGGCAGAACUCGAUACCAGGGACACUUUUAUUAUCCAGGACUCCAAGGGUUAUCGUGACAAUUGUAACCCUUGGAGGAAAUUGGCCUUCCCUGGUGUAUCUAAAGUCUCCGGCAAAGCGACCUGGGAUGUGCAAGCUACGGCACCCUUGAUGCUCGAGGCUGUACAGGACCUCUUAAUCGCAGCCUUUCAGAAAGAAGACCAUCCAUUAGUAAUCAAACAAAAAAAUUGGAUGAAGAACUUGGUAUAUGUCCAAAAGAACUGGUUUGACUCCAAAUACUUUCAAGAGGCAACUGGCGGUUCAGACUGGGCUACAAAAGAUGUUAUAGGCUUCUUAUCGAUUAUGUUGACGAACAUCAAGGAGGCUCGGGAGCUUACUGCAAGCAUCUUCCACCCAUUGAUAAGAAAAGGUAUAUCAACACAAGGCCCUAAGACUCUAGUGUGGCUUAUGCCACGCAAUAGUUGGACUUCAGUGUUUAGCCUUGUUAAGAAGAAGCUGCCUGAGAGCGUUCAACUUUGGGCCAUACUCGAGCACCUAGCUUGUUACCAAAACACUAAGGAUGGUAAACUCAAGCUUGACAAGCGAUUCUGCAGAGGCACGGUGGACAACCCUCAGCCUAAUGGAAAGCUGCAGGAUAAGACUUGGUCCCUAAAGGGCGGCGGUGAUCCUUUAUCAGUUAAGACUUGGGUUGAAAGCAUCGUCUCCCGUCCUGCCGGGUCCCUGGAUGCGCUCAGCGAGUGGGAUGCUAAGCAUUUUGACGGUCAAAUUGGCGCCUUCGAUAAGCUUGGGAAGACCUUGGAGCAGGUUCUUGACUCAAGCCGUGAGGUUUCAUUAUGGGAGUUCCGCGGUCUAGGCUAUUCACGCAAAGCAGACCUGCCUAAACGCAUUGAUCAGAUUCAAGGCGCGGUUGUAAAGUUUCACAAGAGAUAUCCCCAGGAGCCGAUAUCUUAG